CCCAACUUUGUUUCCAUACCAACAUAACAACAACAAAAAUUAAAUUGAUCAAACAAAAUAACAAGCGUGAUUUUCGCAAAAUGAAGAUCGAAGAAGUAAAAAGUACGGUAAAAACCCAACGAAUAAGUGCCCACAGCCACAUCAAAGGUCUGGGUUUGGAUGAAAAUGGGUUCGCAUUACCGUCGGCAUCCGGCUUGGUCGGGCAAGAACAAGCCAGAGAGGCCGCAGGAAUCGUUGUUGAUAUGAUUAGGAGUAAAAAAAUGGCCGGACGAGCAGUAUUAUUGGCAGGCCCCCCUGGAACGGGUAAAACAGCAAUAGCUUUAGCUAUAGCCCAGGAGCUGGGAAAUAAGGUGCCGUUUUGUCCCAUGGUGGGGUCCGAAGUGUAUAGUUCAGAAAUCAAAAAAACAGAAGUUCUUAUGGAGAACUUCAGGCGAGCUAUUGGGUUAAGAAUUAGAGAAACAAAGGAGGUGUAUGAGGGGGAAGUGACAGAACUGACACCUGUGGAAACUGAAAAUCCAGCUGGAGGGUAUGGCAAAACUGUGAGUCACGUCAUAAUAGGGUUAAAAACAGCUAAAGGCAGUAAACAGUUGAAGUUAGACCCCAGCAUAUAUGAAGCUCUACAGAAGGAGAAAGUAGAAGUGGGGGAUGUUAUUUACAUUGAAGCAAAUAGUGGGGCUGUCAAGCGCCAGGGUAGAUCUGAUGGUUAUGCAACGGAAUUUGAUCUAGAAGCUGAAGAAUACGUGCCUUUACCUAAGGGGGAAGUACACAAAAAGAAGGAAGUGGUCCAGGAUGUUACUCUCCAUGAUUUAGACGCAGCAAACGCUAAACCCCAAGGUGGUCAGGAUGUUUUAUCAAUGAUGGGUCAGCUUCUCAAACCAAAGAAAACUGAAAUUACUGAUAAAUUACGUCGCGAAAUCAACAAAGUCGUUGAUAAAUACAUAGACCAAGGCAUAGCAGAAUUAGUUCCAGGGGUUUUAUUCAUCGACGAAAUUCACAUGUUGGAUAUUGAAACUUUUACUUACUUGCAUAGAGCGUUAGAGAGCGCAAUCGCCCCAAUCGUUAUUUUUGCCACAAAUAGAGGUCGCUGCGUUAUUAGGGGUACUGACGACAUUGUAGCACCUCACGGGAUUCCUCUAGACCUUUUGGACCGUUUAGUUAUAAUUCGUACGUUACCAUAUUCUCGAUCAGAGCUUGAACAAAUUUUGAAAUUGAGAGCUAACACCGAAGGACUGGAAAUUGAAGCCGAAGCUUUAUCUGCGUUAGGGGAAGUAGGGUCGAGGUCUACUUUGCGGUACGCAGUACAACUUCUCACCCCUGCGUCUCUAACGGCAAAAACAAACGGUAGAGAUAACAUCACCAAAGUUGAUGUUGAAGAAGUUAGCUCUCUGUUUCUAGACGCCAAAUCUUCCGCACGAAUUUUAUCCGAUAAUAAAGAUAAGUACAUGAUGUAAUUAAAAAAAUAAAACGUUGUAUUAA